UCGAAAAACGAAAAUUUCGAUAAAAGAAUCGCGCGAAAUACCACUCGGAAGCGAUUUAUCUCGGUUGAUAAUAACAAAAAAACAAAAUUAUCUCAACGUUAUCCAUAAGAACAAACAUCAGUACAUCAGAUAAGAUGAAACCGUAACACCAGAUGCGCUAUGAACCUGUACGUAAAAUUGUUCCUUUUAAUCGUAACCUUCGGGAUUUUUUACCAAACGGUUUUCUAUUUUCGACAUUCGGGAACAAUCGAACCAAAAAUAACCGUGGGAGAGCAACUAGUGAACUUAACAGAUUUCCAAUAUGUAAUUAAAAAAGACCACUUGUGUGACCGGGGUGACUUACUUUUACUAGUGAUCAUCUCUUCGGCACCAAAACAUGUUAAAAAAAGACAAACGAUACGGGACACCUGGGGUAGGAAGCGAGACCACAUCAAGUUCCUCUUUAAUCUGGGAUUAAGCGACCAGAGGACCAAUGCAGCCAUAAAACUGGAAGAUUUCCGCCAUCAGGACAUCAUCCAGGGAAACUUUCUGGACAGUUACAAGAAUUUGACCUACAAAAGCACUUUGGCGGUCAAAUAUGCUUCCGAACAAUGUAAUUCGGCGAAAUUCAUCCUGAAAUGUGACGAUGACGUUUUCGUGAACACCCCGCAGCUAAUGAACUUCCUUAAGGUGGAUUUAGCCCCCACGAGGCCUGAAAAUACGAUAUUUUGCCUGAUAAACGAUAAAAUGCCCGUCAUAAGGGACCCCAACGAAGAUAAUAGCAAAUGGUACGUACCAUACGAAGAGUUUCGCGAGGAAGUCUACCCGCGGUACUGCUCCGGGAUGUUCGUCCUAAUGACCCCAGAUGUCGCCUUUAACUUGCACAAACACGCUCAAAAAACCGCAUUUUUCUGGAUCGACGACGUGUUUUUAACGGGAUUGGUCGCGAAACGUAUCGAUCAUUUGCGAUACGUGGACAUGGAAGGGUUCACGUUGGUAAACGUGGAUAUCGACGCGAUGUUAAAAAAAGAAGAUAAAGAUUUGACGUUUUUAUUUGGCGGAUUUAAUAUGAGCCGGAGGCAAAUAAGACUGUUGUGGCGUUACGUCCGGGCAUUUAAUGAAAGGCGGUUUUCGUGAGUUUAGGCACUAGCGAUCAAUUUUCUUUAUAUUAUUCAUUAGCUACUAUAUGGAACUGAAAUUUGUAUAACUGAAAUAAAAUGACCACGAAAGCCUGGAGUUAAAUAAAAAAUUACUUUAAAUCCCUGGAGGAUGUACAAAGGGGCAUCAAGUGUCUAAAAUAAAAAGAAGAAUCUGUCAUAAAAUUGCCUCCGAUUUUAACUGUAUUGAAAAAAAAUUGGUUUCAAAUGCCUGGAAUAUUCGAAAAUUACUUAUGCCUGGAAGAAUAAACCUUUAAAGCGAGGAGAAGGUUUAAAUGGCAGGAAACGUAUAUGAGAAAUCUCUCAAAGGCCUCAAAUUAGAUGAAAAGUUACUGGGAAGGAAAUAAAAAACCCGAUUAAAUAAGUGUAUUCAAGAUAUAGAAUAAAUAAGGUUAAUUAUAAAUAUAUUUUUUAGUAUUUAAUAGAAAGGUUAUGUAAGAAAUAAAAGAUGUGAUGAGUGGGUUAAGUUAUA